UCGAGCCCACCUCGGAAGCGUCUUUCUCAGAGCUUGUGGCGGACAUGGAGCAGCUGGGGGCCACAGGUGAGUCCCGAGAAAAGAGCUCAACCAGCAGGGAGCAGGAGCAGGAGCAGGCAGGUACUCCAGGAAGCAGCAACCAGGCUGGAGACAGUCCUGCAGUUUGCGUCCAUGGAACGGAACAUGACCCGGAAGAUGAAGACCACCCCAAACUGUCUCUGAUCUCCUGGAAUGUGGAUGGACUCGAUGGAGAGGAGCAGCCGGAGAGAGCGAGAGGCCUCUGCUCUUACUUAACCUCACGCUCUCCUGACGUGGUGCUGCUUCAGGAGCUCAUCCAGCCGUACACCCGCUUCAUGAAGAAACGCCUGGCGGAGCGCUACACGUUCAUCGAAGGUGGAAAGGAAGGUUACUUCAUCGGGAUGAUGCUGAAGAAGUCUCGUAUCACACUGCUGGACAGUGAGACAGUCGCCUAUCCAACCUCCGGCAUGAUGAGGAGCCUGCUGGUCGCUCAGGUGCUGUUCAGGGGCCGGAAGUUCUGUCUCAUGACGUCCCACUUUGAGAGCUGUAAGGCCAAUGCAGCAGAGCGGAUGAAGCAGCUGAGGCUGGUGAUGAAGAGGAUGGCGAAGGUGCCCGAUGACGUGACCGUCCUGUUCGGAGGAGACACCAACCUGAGGGAUGCUGAGGUGGCCAAAGUGGGCCUUCCUGGCUGCGUCUGCGAUGUGUGGGAGCAGCUGGGAGAGCCGGAGGAUUGCCGCUACACGUGGGACACCCACGCCAACACCAACAACGAUCACCGCUACAAGAGCCGCUUCCGCUUCGACCGGCUCUACCUGGGGCGGGCCGGUGGAGACGCGGCGCUGGAGCCAGAGAGCAUGGCCCUCGUAGGGCUGGAGAAGCUCAAGUGUGGCCGCUACACCAGCGAUCACUGGGGGAUCUACUGCACAUUCUCUGCUCAGUAGAAAAGUACCAAACAAAGGAAAAGCUCUGCAUGUGUCCUUCAGGCUACAGAGGUGUUUCCUUUGUCCUCCACCCAAGAUUGUUUUAAAUGUUUUAUGUGGUGAUACCUGGACAGAAUAGAAGAAUGUCUAUUGUAUAAUACGGGGUGUGUAGUGUAUGUGAUAUUUGGGGAAGGAUAGAGAUAAUUAUCCUUAAGGGUAAUAUUUAAGGGUCGUUGCACAAGCUCGUAUGGGGAUACGGAACUUUUAACUGAGGUUGUGGUUUCACAUGACUUGUAUUUGUGAAUAAAAUUCAACAACCAACAUUCAAAAAA